AUGUGUACAGAUCAUCACCGAGCCUCAGAUAUCCACAACGAGAAUAAGAAGCGACAGCGCGACGACGAGCCCUACAACUCAGCCCCACUAGCAUAUUCUCCCAGUGGGCUAAUGACCUCAUCCCCAACAUCAGCACGUCGUCGUCCACGAAUUGAAUACACCUUGGCCUCCGCUCCGUCUCCACUACCAUUCGCGCUGGACGAUCUUCUUCCUUCGGAUCCAGCAGACAUAUCGUAUGAAGAUGAAGGGGAGACCUACUAUGACCUAGGCAAGGUAUAUGCCAACGAUUUCCUAGUGGGAGAAGGUCGCAAGGACUCCCGCGUCAACCAACAAUGGGUCUACGACAACAUACAGAUUGGGCAGGCGCUUCUUGAUUUCCGUGACAGGGCGGUUGAGAAUAACUUCGGGAUCAGUCAGCCACAUGAGAUACUGACUACGUCGUUAGAGGAGACCAAGGACCCCGCAGCGCGUCUCCUCGUUCCCGACUACUCAGUGACGACGACCAUAGGCCUUCAGACAUGCACUGUGAUCUCUCUGGAAGGAAAGACGGCCUACAAUAAUGGAUAUGGUCAGAUUUGGGAUGACCUUACCAAGCUGGGUCAAGAACUAAAGUACGCAUUGGACGCUAUCAUCAAACUCCAACCCCUACAGCCUGUGUGCGUUCAAGGUAUUCUAGUCAAAGGAAGCGAGCUGGAUUUCUACCAUAUGGAGAUCGUAUCUGAAGGCAUUUAUGUAUUACGGAGAUAUGCACGCUGCUGCUUGUGCACUGAUGCCAACAAUCUGUAUCCGCUCGUUCGCAUUCUCGAGAUUAUGCAAGGUGUCAAGGAGAUGACCUCCUCAACUGUUACCAGUGUGCGUCAAAUGAAGCUCCGCCCCAGUAAGACCCCCCUUGUCCCCCUGAGCUGGCUGCGCACUUCCUUCCACAAGCCUCGACGUAUUGAGAUCCAUUAAAGGCAGGCGUGAGCCACUUGACUUCAACGUCCCAUCUUUGCUACAGCUUCAUGACCUCGUUUCUCAAUGCAUCACUGAUAACCAGACCGUGCGGUGAGCAUAUCUCAAAAGCCAUUCAUUAGGCGAUAGCGACAGUUCAAAUAAAGAAAUUUGUGUAACUUAUUUUCACUUUUUUGGAGAUUGAAAUAGAGGCAUGGUCUGAUUG